AUGGCGUCCAAUACCCAGUCUAAGAUCGUACAGAAAAUGAACUCUCUCCGCAUUGAGGCGGAUGAGAACGCUGCCAAAGCCGAAGAGUCAAAGAAGCGAGUCAAGGAGCUCGAGCAAGACAAUCUCCAAAAAGAGCAAGAGAUCACCUCGUUGAACCACCGCAACCAGCUGCUCGAGGCCGAGGUCGAGAAACUCGAGACUGGCAUUAAGGAAGCCAAAGCUGCCGCUAGCGAUGCCUCUCAGCAUGGCCAACAGAACGAGGCUCUUACAAGACGGCUGCAGCUACUCGAGGAAGAGGCCGAGUCCGCCGACAAGACCCUUCGUGAGACCAAUGAGAAACUCCGCCAAACCGAUGUCAAAGCUGGUCACUACGAGCGCAAGGUUCAGGCUGCCGAGCAGGCCCGCGACGAGUGGGAGGCCAAGUACGAGGAGAUGGCCAAGAAACACGCCGAUCUUCAGAAGGAGUUGCAGGAGCUUGAGCAGUCCAUGGGUAAUAUCUAG